AUGGCUCAAAUCUUUCCGCUAACCGAGGAAGAUAAGAAGUACUACAGAGCUUUACUAACAAGAAGUGCCCUAUCUGGAAUCUUCUACCCAUUCACCACCGCCAGAACACUUAUUCAACUGGGCCACAGUCCUUUUACCAUUUCGACAAGUCCCAUCUUCUUCUCGUUAGGCUUCGAAUGGAAAGCAAUCAGAUAUGCAAAACAACUUGCUUAUGCCAAGGGCGUUUGGGCUCUUUGGUCUGGAUUUGAACCGUUUGCUCUUUCCUCGAUUGUCAGUGGAGUAGCUAGUUAUAGUUUUGGAAAGUACCUCAAUACGCAUUACCCAGAUGUUGGUGGACCAGUGGAUUUUAACGGAAAGGAAGAAAGGAGUUUGACUGACCAUGAAUCUUUUCGUCGCACGCUCCGUUCAGCCAUUCGAAGUUCCAUUGUUCAGGCAUUUUCUCUCGCAUGUUCUCGAGCACUCACAGUUGUUCAUAUCCGGCAAGUGGCUCAAAUCGUGAGCGGCGAGACGAAAUAUCACUCUGCUCUCCAAGCACUCCAACUCGUCGGAAUUGAGGAGGGACCGAUAGGAUUUUUUCGCGGGCUUGCCACGCAAAUUAUCGGCGAGCUCGUGAUGAUUUGGGGUUUCCAUUCAGUCGUCUACCUCACCGAACGUCUACUUGUUCGCUCGGGUCUCGCGGCAAAGGCGGUUGAGGAUAAGCGAAAACAAGAGGAGUUGAACGUCAUUCGCGGAUGUGUUUACUCGUUUUUUCGUCAUUUGUUGACUCCAUUAUCCUUUUCCUAUUCAAGGAUUGCUACUGUGUUGGCCGUCCCCGGGACUGCUCACUCAAGAACGAAC